AUGACUAUCUUUAAUAAACUCAAUGUGGGCAUAGCUGUCAGCAGUUUUGCUAUAUUUCAACUUGGCUUUCAUGUGCUAAGUUCUUGGCUAUCUUCACGUCUAACAUCUGGUUUUAACAAUCUUGACCAAAAGAAGAAAAUUGAGUGGAAUACAAGGACAGUAUCUACGUUCCAUGCCUUGGUGGUUGGAAUAUUUUGUGUGUAUAUUUUAUUGUAUGAUGAAGCUGUUAAUGCUGACCGUGUUUGGGGCGAUGCUUCUACAGUGCAACUAAAUCUUGCUAUCACUGUAGGCUACCUCAUUUCAGAUUUGUUGCUUAUUAUUUUUCACUGGAAGGCAAUUGGGGAUAUAUUUUUUGUAACUCACCAUGUACUAGCUAUAUAUGCAUAUUACUUUGUACUGGACAGAGGAUUAUUGGGAUAUUUUGCUAAUUUUCGUCUGCUUGCAGAAAUCUCUACCCCUUUUGUGAAUCAGCGGUGGUUCUUUGAAGCACUGGGGUAUUCUAAAGCUUCAAAAGCCAACAUCAUCAAUGGACUGCUAAUGACCAUCAUGUUCUUCCUAGGGAGGAUCAUAGUCAUUCCAAUUUAUUACAACAGUGUUGCUUCUGAGUUUGGAACAGAAGCCUACUACAGAUUAGGAUUUGCAGCUCAAAGCGCCUGGUUUAUCUCCAGUAUCAUAUUGGAUAUUAUUAACUUAAUGUGGAUGGUCAGAAUUACACGAGGAUGUUACAAGGUUAUUUGUCUCAUCGGACAAGAAGAAGCCAAAGCUCAUAAAAAUGGCAACACGAAGAAGAGCAUUUAA